AUGGCGUUAAUGAAGUGCCGUUACUAUGAGAACCAGUUCCCGGAUGUCGAGGAAACCGUCGUGGCCAAUGUCAAAAUGAUCGCUGACAUGGGAGCUUACGUGCGGCUCUCCGAGUACAACGACAAAGGUUUGUUGCUGAAAAAGAUGGACUGCAUUUAUAAACUUAUUCUGCAGAGGGAAUGAUCCUGCUCUCCGAGCUGUCUCGUCGUCGUAUCCGCUCCGUCAACAAGCUGAUCCGUGUCGGCCGAAGCGAGUGUGUCGUCGUUAUCCGUGUCGACAAAGACAAGGGAUACAUCGACCUCUCGAAGAGACGUGUCUACCAGAAGGACCUGAAGCAGUGUGAAGAGCGCUUCGCCAAUGCCAAAAUGGUCAACAGCAUUCUGCGACACGUGGCCGAACAGCUCGGAUACACCACUGACGCCGAGCUGGAGGAACUGUAUCAGAAGACCGCGUGGCAUUUCGACAGAAAGGAGAAGAGGAAAGCCGCCUCGUACGACGCUUUCAAGAAGGCUAUCACUGAUGAAACUGUUCUUGACGAAUGCGAUAUCUCGCAAGAAGUUAAGGAGAAACUUCUGGAGGACAUAAGAAAGAAGCUGACUCCGCAGGCGGUAAAGAUUCGUGCCGACAUCGAAGUCUCGUGCUUCGACUACGAUGGCAUCGAUGCUGUCAAGUCGGCACUCAUCACUGGAAAGAACUGCUCGACGGAAGUGUUCCCAAUCAAGGUAUUCCUGUGAAAUUCAUUGACCAGAUUCCAAUCAACCAAGUUUUAUACAGAUCAACUUGAUCGCCGCUCCGCACUUUGUCGUGACGACUCAAACUUUGGACAGGGAAGGAGGACUUGUGGCUGUCAACGAGGUUCUCGAGACGAUCAAAAAGGCGAUUGAGGGAUUCAAGGGGAAGUUCGUGAUUAAGGAGGAGGCCAGAAUUGUGACUGAUAUCGACGACGAGAAGAAGAAGUUGGAUGGAGAUGAGGACGAAGAAGAAUCGGAAGAAGACGAGGAUGAAGAGGAAGACGAGGACGACGUGAGUUGUGAAGGGGAAGAGUCUGUAGUGAUUGGAUUUAUUACAGGAUGGACUGAUGGCUCCGAAAGGCCUCGACCAGCAGGUGGAUGCGGAGGAAGCGAGUCGCGACAACAGAAAGAAGGCUGGAGAGGAGGAGGACAGCGACGAGGAGGACGAAUAG